CCAGAGUUGAACCGACCCGUCACUUUGCCUUUGGGACCGAAACUUGAUGCACGUGCCCGUGUUCCACCUUCCGAUGCUCUCGGUCGACGAGCAAGACGCGCUCGUGGCCCUCGGUGCAUCGGCGUUUUGCGAUCUUAUCGACACGAGCGCACGCCUCGACCGCAACCGCCACGCCGCGGUGCAGCUGCCGGCGCGCCACCCGGACGUCGACGACCGCAUCUCGUUCCACGCCUCGACGCUCGUCAAGCGCGCCAAUAUGGACGCGAUCGCGACCUAUCACAUCACAGCCACCGAGGCCAACGACGUGUACUGCCGCACCUUCCACUGCCUCCUCACGUCGGUCCUCUACACGCUCGAACUCCCGUCGGCAGGUCGCCCGUACCAUUACGUGGCGGUGCGCUGGCUGCUCCUGCCGUCGACGCUGCCGUGGGUCAAGCCACGCGACGUGGUCGUUGUCGAGUAUAUGGAUACGUUUAUUGGGCGCGAUGGCGUGCUCGGCUUUGCGCGCUGCGUGCACUCGAUCGACCACCGCUGCGCCCCGUCGCUGGUCGCGACGCAUGGUUUUGUGCGCGGCCACUUGUACAAGUCGGGCCUUUCGGUCGUGAACGAGCGCCGGCCGCACGAGCUCCAAGCACACAUGCUAUUGCAGAGCGACCACGGGCACUCGUUUGCGUCGCGGUAUGCGACCAAGUCGGUCUGCGCAGGCCUUCUCCGACACUUUGAUACACUCAACGAGCGCAUCUAUGUGCAUUUUCACGUGCUGCCCCGCAAGAUUAGUGUCUCGGCCUCGACGUGGCGACCAGACGACUUUGCGUCGACGUCGUGCGGCGACAAGACCGCGUGCACGUACUGCAUGCAGGCGUUCCACCUCUUGCGGCGACCGACUUUGUGCGAGACGUGCCACCAGAUUUUGUGCAAAAAAUGCACCCGCCGGAUCACCAAGACGUCUCGCCACCGCGUGUGCUUGACGUGCUACGUUCGCCACGAGAUUGACGGCAGCCCGCGUCCGAUCUUUGCAGAGCCAAUGCUGCUCGCGUCGCCUGGGUGGUCGGAGUUUUGCGCGCGGCGUCCGCCCGAUGAUCGCUUUGUCCAGUCGGUCUAGUUUCUGCGAAAAGACUAGCGUCAAUAGUAGAGUAGGAGUCGACCAUUUGCACUAAUAUAAUGGGCCAA